CUUAUGCCCAAAAAUGUCGAAUGGCAAGCUUUAUUCUUAUGCCCGAAAAUGUCGAUGGGGAAUGGACAUCCAACCUUGUUUGUAGUACGAAACACCCUCGCCCUGAGCUGCAAGAGGUCAAUAGAGGGGGAUGAUGCAUCGCCCUCAACUUCAUCCCUUUCUUUCAUCUCCAUCGAGCACACAAUGGCAGAGAACACCCACAAACAGCAUUCGCAGGCGUUUCGACUUUCAACAUGGAACGAAAUUGUCUAUAUCAACACUCGACUCGACAAGAGCACAGGACAGUAUGUUAUCCUUUGGAGGGAUGUGCAGAUGCUCUUCCAUAACCCACGAUAUAUCAUGAACGAGAGAAGCCUUGUCCACUUCAUGACGGACGAUAACUUUGAGGAUCUUGAGCCUUUGCGGAUUUCAUAUCAACCAGGAAUUAUCCUCGAUGUGGUAACGGAAGCCGUGGACCAGUCAGCUGAGAUACUGGUGCCCAAGUCCGCUGAGAUAUCAGUGCCCAAGUUAGCGAGUCCAUCCACGCCCUGCAAUGCCAUUCCACCCCAGAUCAAGGACCCGGUGCAGAAUCCCCAGCUUGUCCUAUCAGGACCCGCAUCAACACCGACAACGGACACCCAGAACCUCAACCCCCCGACAAUGCAGCUGUCUACCUUUAGUCCGCAUGGCGAGAUGAUUCACACUUUAGAAUUCCAGACGGCCAUAAUCAAGAACGCGUUGGGCGGUCGCAUUGAGUGCUUACAGGCGGAGAUGGAAACAAACAAGAUGCUCCAGACGAGGGUACUUCAACAGCAAGAGCAGAUGUUGCAACUACAGCAACAGGCACUACUCCGUAUGGCACUUAUUCAGGACCGUGUUCAAGCCGUCCUCACCCAGACCUACGAGCUCCAUGAGGGCCCUGUCCCUCGGCUGUUCAUCGUCCUCCCAAUGGCAUCCAGGCGUCGUGACAAACUGCUCGAGCCUUUCUCGCAGCAGUUCCGUCUCUACUUCCUGUGCGAAUGCGGUACGCAUACAAUCUCCAAACCAACCAGGAUCUUUCACGAGUUCCAUCUAGCCAAGCACGAGGGAUACGAUCUGGAUAGGCCCAAGGAGUUCUUCGAAAAGUACGGAUCCUACGUGCUCACGCUGCUGCAGAUGAUUAAGUACGGGUUCACAGUAGCCGGGAUCGUUGUGCCACCAUUAGCGCUUUUCAAGAGCGUGGAGGGGCUCACGUCCACGAAGGAGAACUUUGGGGCACAAGUGGACAAUGCAAUCAGCUUUAUUGAGGAUCUACAGCAAAAUAACAAUAGCGGAGUUGACACGACUGGAGGACAAGCGAAUAUGGACAAGCUCGAGGUACUGGAAGGCGCAGAUCUGCGUCAGCUAGAGUUGUAUCUCAAAGUUCAAGACCAGGACCGUUGUCUUGGCAACUUGUACCGGAUAGUCACCGCGGAGGGGCACGUCAAAUGGGUGUGCAUCGACCACUAUCGUGCGAACUAUCGGGCAACAGCUUUACGACAACUACGAGACAUCGUCGAGCUCAAUCUUGGGAAUUUUAUACCAAAGAAGGGUAGGAUCGAGAUUUCAAUCAGAUCUAGGACACUCGCUAGGCAGUUCUAUGAAGCGAUGGUCAAGACGCCCGGAGUUCAGGAGCUAGAGAUUGGGUUGCAAUGGGAUGCGACUUUAGCCGAUCUUCGGACUCUCGCUGCCGCUGUCAGCAAGACGGCGAUAGUCCGUCUGUCCAUCAGCGGGGAAAAGUUCCACGGACCAGCGCUCGAUUUCGUCAAUCGUGGCCGUCGAUUUGAUCCUAUCGUGGAACUUAUGUCAAACGGGCGGAUUCAAUCAUUGAGACUCGCGAACUUCAAGGAUUUUUACCAGCAUAUUAGCCCAUCCUCCAUAAGGAACGCCCCCCAGCUUCGAACACUCGCGAUAGAUUCAUUUAUUUCAAACGACCCAGCUUUGGAGAAAAUCCUUAGGAGCUGUUCAUCUAUGAUAGACUUGAGGCUCAGCUGCGAUGACCAAUACCUCAUUUUCGACUCUAUCGAGAGCAACAUCAAUCAGCUCCCACAACUUGAAACUAUAACAUUGGAGUGCAAGCAACAAAUCGUGACAAUCUUUGCAAAUCACGGCAGGAUUCAGGACACAGUAAUGGCUAUGACAAGACUCGAAGAUCUCACUCCAGGGCAACUUCAGUUUAUCAAGAACGGCCGUCUCACCAAAGUCAGCGUGAAGCAUAGCUCUUCAAAAAGUAUGGAGGAUCGUUUGGCCAGCAUCCUCUGUCAGAACCCUAUGCUCUCCGAGAUGCGCGUUACAUGCCACGCUGAGCGGACCUUGGCUAUUGUCAAGUUGGUCACAACAACAAGAACAGAUUUACUCUUACAAAAGGGCUCAUGUACGCUUGGAAGGCUGGAGGUGAUCGACGACGGGACGCAUGUCGAAAACCAUACAAGGAUCGACGAUACCGUCAAUAUGACUGCUUGCUUUCCUGAUUCCUCAUCCCCGACUUGCAACGUAUCCACUAGCAUCGAGAUGCAGGCUUCCGCUGUCGUUACCAAAUCGAGCUAUCUCUUUACGGUGUGCGAUCAAUAUAGCUGGUCCAUCGAGCGGCUGCGGACCAACCAUGUAUUUUCUGACGAUCUUGCGAUGCUCUUGGAUAAUGGCACCAAGACCAAAGGUUCUUCGUUAGUGCACCUGACCCUGAGCCCCGCAAUGCUGACAUCAGUCGGCCUCGAUUGUGUAAAUCGGGUCAUUGAGCGUUCAUCGGAUUUGGGACGCCUGGAGCUACAUUUGGACCGACUCGAGGAGAGCGAUAAUAUGGAGAAGGCAGUACAGUUGCUUCGCCGGCACGGAGGAAGGCUCCAUUCCCUAACUCUCCAAGGCGAUGCAACAGAGUCCUGGAUGCCGACCCUGGCGACAGAGUUCCCGACACGUCUCAGUCUUCCUAAGCUCGACACAUUCAGGAUCAUCUGCCGAGGCAGCGCGAAGGUCCCAGAGGCGUCCGCUCGCUGGCUGGCAGCGAUGGUGUCAGGGCCUCCUCAACAAGAAAGCCAGCUGUCGCCCCCUCAAUCGUCUUCUCAGGAUGUACCAGGGCAGAAAUCCACGGACAUUGCCCUUCAAACGCAUGCUGAAUGGACGCCACUCAAACAUUUGGCACUCGAACAUGUCCGGCUAGACUCGACGCAUUGGGAGGCUGGGAUCAAAUCUAUCGGACUCGAUGCGCUAGAAACGCUCAGUCUGGAUGGCACGAACUUCUCGAUAAAUGAGUUCAAGAUACUGGUUGAUUAUGUGGUCAAAUACGAGGACGAUAUCGAGCUACCGUUGAGAACGCUCAGAUUGAAAGAGACGAGUCUUUCGGGAUGCAAGGAAUCGGUCUUGUUAAAGGAGCUCUGUCUUUAUCUGAUUAAGAAAGCGCCGCUGGCCAACAUUGACGGUCUAAACCUCGAGCAGUAGGACUUGAGGCAAUAAAAUCUACACCUUUUUACG